UUCUACAUCCGUAGAGCUGUAAACAUCUCAAAACAUUAAAUACAUAAGCUUUCUAUCGUAUCGGGAUAAAAAACCGCACAAAAUGGACAACUUCAACGUUCCUAAAAAAAUAAAUCGAAACGUGAUGAAGGCUCUAUCUGUCCUUGAGGGCAAAUAUUCCAUAUCGGCAUUCGUGCCCGCCCACAGCAUUGUCCGUCAGGUGGAGUUCCAGAUGCGUCGGAGCAAGAAGAUGAAAAACAUGGAGAACUAUGUCAUGAGAUCGCUGUGCACCCUAACGCAUCUGGGCAUCUUGGCUCGCACAGGCACCUCGGAUUAUGCACUGCGUCAAUCUCUGCGCUUCCCAAACGGAGCUAGCGCAAUUCCAUGGCAAACGCCGCCUAGUCCGGAAAAGCGUUCUAGGCGCAAUAUUAAGAGCUCCAAAAGUGAGCCCGUGAGCCGCAUCGCUAAGGCCAGAUGCAAGCCGAGAGCUGUAAUUAAGCCAGUUCGACGCUCCUCGCGGCAGGCCGCCUCGAAAGCCAAGGCUAGUGAAGCUCUACUAAAACAAAACGCCGACCUCUGUGCCGAGCCAAGGAGUUCUGUUGACAUUGCCCAAGACGCUGGUAUGUUGCGAAACGAAGCAACAUUUGAAGCACAAAAUGACUGUACAACAGGGACAUCACCCAAUUCAUUAAUACGUAACGAACGGUGGGACUUCAACUCCCCGCUACCUAUAACCUAUUCGAGCUACUUUUAAAUGACAAGCUUUGGUAAGGGAAAUCAAGUAUUUUCGUAAUUUUUCUGCAGAAAUUUAUUUAUUAUAUGAAAGAUCUGCGAAACAAUACUUGGAAUUUCUCAGCUUUCCAAAAUUUUGAAUAAAC